UGUGAAACGAUUGUUAAGAUAUUUGACAACUUAAUUCGACAGAACGUGGCAAAGUAAUCUUAAAAAACAUGGCUGAUAAGUAUAAUCAUACGAUUACAUUUUUUUAAGUAAUUGUUAUUUGUGAAAAGAGUGCGCUCGAUAUAUGCGGAACACACGAAAACUAAUUAUUUCUAUUAUUCUUAAAAUCGUGAAAAAUAAUGUAGUUAAGGUAGUUAACAAAAUGCAGAAAAAUAAUAAGUUGCAAAUUAUCGAGUUACAAUGUUUUCGUCGAAGGUUUUUAUGUAAAUAGACUGUUAUGUUAGGGGUUUUUGUAGUAUAAGUGUAAUAUUUUUACUGGUACAUGACAACAUAAGUUGAAAAUGUACAGGACUGCCUUAUACUUUACUGUCUGCUCAAUUUGGCUAUGCCAAAUUAUUACAGGAGUCCUCUCAUUGAAAUGCAAAUGUGAUCUAUGUAAAGACAAAAAUUACACAUGCAUCACAGAUGGAUACUGUUACACUUCAGCCACUCUUAAGGAUGGUGUUAUCUUAUAUAAUUACAGAUAACGCUACAUCGGACACGUCGUUGGGUACUAUAGAAAUAGCAGUUGUAAUAAUUCUUCCUACGCUCGUUAUUUGCAUUAUAGCGAUGGCUAUUUAUCUGUAUUAUCAAAACAAACGAAGUACGCAUCAUCAUUUAGGUUUAGGGGAUGAUAGCAUCGAAGCCCCCGAUCAUCCCAUUUUGAACGGCGUCAGUUUGAAGCACAUGAUCGAAAUGACGACUAGUGGUAGUGGAUCUGGAUUACCUUUGUUGGUACAGAGGAGUAUUGCUCGCCAAAUUCAGUUGGUGGAAAUUAUUGGGCAGGGUAGAUAUGGGGAGGUGUGGAGAGGUCGUUGGAGGGGAGAAAAUGUCGCUGUGAAAAUAUUCAGCUCUAGAGAAGAAAGGUCUUGGUUUAGGGAGGCUGAAAUUUAUCAGACAGUUAUGUUACGUCAUGAUAAUAUUUUAGGUUUUAUUGCAGCUGAUAAUAAAGACAAUGGAACAUGGACGCAGCUAUGGCUUAUAACCGAUUACCAUGAGCAUGGAUCUUUGUUUGAUUAUCUAGGCAGAAACACAUUUGAUACGAGUGCUAUGAUUCGCAUGGCCCUUUCAAUUGCCACUGGUCUAGCUCACCUUCAUAUGGACAUAAUGGGUACCCAAGGAAAACCGGCCAUAGCGCAUCGUGACCUGAAAUCGAAAAAUAUAUUAGUUAAAUCGAAUGGUACCUGUGCUAUUGGUGACCUUGGAUUAGCUGUUCGCCAUGAUGUUACCACGAAUACAGUCGAUAUACCUCUUAAUAAUCGAGUGGGAACCAAGCGAUACAUGGCACCUGAAGUUUUAGACGAAACCAUGAACAUAGAGCACUUCGAUUCGUUUAAAAGAGCCGACGUAUACGCUUUAGGGCUAAUAUUUUGGGAAAUAUCAAGACGGUGUAAUGUUGGUGGUAUUUAUGAUGAGUACCAAUUGCCGUUUUAUGAUGCCGUACCCUCAGAUCCUACCAUUGAGGAAAUGAGAAGGGUGGUUUGUGUUGAACGCCAAAGGCCUAGCAUACCGAACCGUUGGCAAAGUUGUGAAGCGUUGCAUGUCAUGAGUAAGUUGAUGAAAGAAUGCUGGUAUCAUAACGCCACGGCCAGACUGACCGCUUUGAGGAUUAAAAAGACUCUUGCCAACUUCAGAGCGUCGGAAGAAUUGAAAAUGUGAAGUCAGAGAAACGAGUGCUUUACGUCUUUGGAAAAGGCAUAAUAUAUUUAUAUAAACGGUGUGAUUGUGUGUGUGAAUGAGUGUGUUGAAUAACUAGUAAUAAUUGUUAGAUGACAUUUAUAUGAUGAUAUGCAAACACGUUAUUUUUUUGUUACGUUGGUACCAAACGCCAUGCAGUGAUUUUAUUAUUAAGUAUUACCGGUAUAUAGAUAGUCUUGUUUUACAGUUUAUUAAUAGUACGAUUAAUAUUUGUAACCUCGACGAUUUUGAAACACUGCCCUAUCCAUUCCAUAUACACGAAAUAGUUUAUAAAUACAACCUUCUCUGUUUAUUAUUAUACAGCCGUUUAAGUCUUCUCCCCCCCCCACCUCACACACUACUUACCUCCCAAUUUAAAACAGUUCAUCCUAGUAUGAUAAUGGUCACUGUUGGAAAAUGGUUUGUUUUAGGACCUCCUUACUUCUUAUUGGUUAAAACAUUUCUUUUUGUAUUUUCUAUUUAUUCUUAUUGAUUGAUGUUGUAUGUUUGUUUACCUCCUAUUUUUCUGUUUCGCAGACGACACACUCUUUUGUGAAAAAAUACUUUGUUUUUUGAAUUGAACUCCAUCUACUUAUUAUUGCUUUUUCGUCUGUCUAUUUCAAAAUAUUUGUAGCACGUUAUUGGUUGCGUUCAGAAAAUGACAUUUCACACCCACUCUGUUUUACGGUAUGGUUUA